GAAAUUAAAGAAGAUUUUGUCCAAGUCCUUCAAAACAGAUUAGAUGAUGCAGUUUUGGAUAUGAUUUCUGUGAUGCUAGAAAGGAAUCCGAUGUGCAAAUUAACUCCUGAAGAUGUGCAAUUCAUUCAAAAACCUGGAAAGAAACCAGCAUCAGUGUUUCAUUUUACCAUUCCCACUCAAACUUAUCUUCAUGCUGUGGAAGUGUACUUGCGACAGAAUUUGCUCAGUUUCUUGAAUAAUCCCAAAUAUACUGACAGUAGGGCAGAGAAUCAUUUCAAGCAUUAUAAUGAGGAUGCCUCAUCAACAUCUGUAGCGGAUAAUGAUGUUUUUCUCUACUGUUUACAACAAGCUUCAGGUACCACUGGAAGUAAAGGUAUUGCAUGUGUUAUUUUCUCGAUGGUCAAUGGUCAAGGUCAACUUGUUGAACACCUUUACUGCCCUCCACCAUCACCUCUUGCCUAUCAAGAUGGUCUCUCAAGUUACGAGUUAAAUGAACUGACAUCCACAGCUCUUUAUGAAGACAGCAGUAAUUGUAAUAGCAAGACUCCAGGACCAUUGGCUUUGAUCCAGUUCCAAAUAUGGUGUGUUGGAAAAGUGGAUAUGGAUCAGCUGGCAAGUAAACUCAAAGCAGCCAUAACUCAUGCAUUGUGGGAUAUUCUUAUGGAGUAUCGCAUCUUAACGGCACCUUUAGCUGAAGCCACUUCUCAAAAUGACUCUGAAUUUUACAGUGAACCAACCACCCCUGUUAGAGCUCGUAGAACAGGUUGUGUCAUGAUGCAACAAAAUGUCCAAAACAAUGAUCCACUCCAACCCCCUUUGCACACAAAAGAGUUGUCUGCUUCGGUGCCAGAUAUAUUGACCAGAUCUCAGUCAGUUAUCAUGUCUCCUAAAGAGUCUUCCUUCUCCUUCUUUAAAUUUGGUGGUGGUGGUUCAUCUCAAGAUGCUACUCAGACAGAAAAUAGUAUCUCAGCUGAGAUAUCAGUUGACUCUAGUACCUCUCUGCAACUGGAGAAAAAUAUAAAGACUGAAUCUAUACACCACAUCACACAUGCUUAUGAAGCUGGAGACAGAGGAAAAUUGUCUUCCAUUCUUCAUCAAGACAUGAAAUCAAUUUUAGAAUUUGGAAAAGAUCUUGGUGUACCUACAGUUGUGAAGCACAAGUUUUCAGUAACCUCUCGACAUUGCAUCAGAAUUGUUCUGAAAGAAUUUCAAACAGCUGUGAAUGACCUAACUCCUGAUGUUUUGCCAAAGAUUUUCAUCAAAUUGAAAGAUGGCAGUGAAGAUUUCUUAUCUUUUAAUACCACGUGGCAGUAUUAUUUGGGAGGGAGGAAACCAGGUGAUCCGUAUACCAUGUUGUGUGAUGUGCCACCUGGUGAAAAGAAACACUACAUAGCUGUUGGGAGAAAUGUAAACCAAUGGCGAGCUUUCAUGGGCUGUGAUGAACUGUCAUGUUUUCUGGAAUCUGCAUUUGUACCACAAAAAGGACAGAAGACAUACCAACUUUAUCAACCAUAUCUCUGUCAAGACAAGUCACGGGACAGUUCUGCAGCAGUCAGUCAUUCAAGUCUUCUCACAGUGACCAGUCCUCUCCCAUCAACUCCUCUAGCUGGCAUCUCUGUUGGUGGGUCACCAAAGAGCUGUAGCAAUGAAUCUGCUACCUCUCCAUUUGUUCCUCGCCAGAGAUUUCUCAUUCUUUUUGUGGUUGAUAAAGAACUUACCUUAUAUUUGUAUAAUUGGGCUAAUGAAUUGUGCACCAGUAUUAUCAACAUGAUGACUCGCUUAGUUUUGUGGCAUAACUCUCGUGCCAUUGUGCUGAACAGUGUCAUCUGUCAGAAGUUGGGCUUUUUUUUUAACCAGCCAUUGGAUCGUGCUGUUAAGACAAUACAUGGGACCCAAAAAUCUCAAACAGUUGUGACCAGCUUUCUGCCCAUCAAUGUAAAUCAUAUAACUAUUCUCAUAAAAUAUCUCAGUCCUCCCCACCGAGACAUUCAGCAUGGCAGCAUUGUAGGUGGUCGACAUGGUACUUCUGGUAGUAGUCAGACAAAUUUCCCAAGCAUGCUUGAAUUCCUUCGAGAUUCACAACCGCCACAUCCUUUACAUAAAACUCGUUAUGGCCUUUUGAGAGAUCCAGUUAUGAGACAUGGAAAGCAGCUUGAUGAAACACGUAUUAACUCAGAAGGAAGAGAUUUGCAAGACUUACAAACAAUGUGGCAGGCUCGAGGAAGCAGUUCAAAUGUGCCAUUUAUGGACAAGCUACAUCUGGUGAAGAAAGUGGGUCGACUUAGUCACUUUUGUCUGACACCAUUAUUAUUUAGCCCAGCAUGGAGAUGGAAGGUGGGCCCUAUUCGAGACCAUACUUUUGAUAACACUAUUUUUGGAAUUACAACUGGAGAGAAAACAGUGGAACAAUCUCAGACGGAACAGAAAACAUCUGGUAGAUCUCGCCAUAACUCUGGUAGUAGCAUAAAAGGAUUUGAAACUAUUAGUAUGUCAGUCACAAGUCGUUCCAGGUGGAUGAGUGGAGCAAGUCAGCAGACAACAAUUGCUAGUGCUUCAAGCUCUCCAAAGUUAAGACGAUCUGCACCUGAUGAAACAUGGCACUUUGCUGUGUGCUCUAACUACAUUCAGGAGUAUAUCCAAUAUUUACAGAGUCAAGGAUUUGUAGCUGUCCAGGCAAAGACAGCUCAACAAAAACAGGGAGCUGAACGUUCAAAGGAUGAAGAUUCAAGACAACUCCUCAGGAAUAUAAGCUCAUGUGGUCUGCAUUCUUUAGCUAAUUCCAGGAUUAGUACUAAAGAUGUUCCAGCGUAUUUUCUGGUUCGUUUUCUUCUUGGUGGAUUAUUGGUUUUGGAGGUUGGACUCUGUGAUCCAUAUGCAUACUGCCAUCUGUAUUCAUUGGAGUUGAUGCGCAUGCCAUAUACUACACCCCGUGCCUUGAAUUCACAGUUUAUUACCACAUUUCUGGAUGAACUUGAGAGAAUUAAAGUGAAUAUACAUCAACAUUCCUUCACAUAUGACUACCAUCUUCGAACAAUACACUCGUAUAUAUCAGGAAGACAGCUAAUAUUUCGUCAAGGUUACCAUCUUACAAGUUUCCUGGAUGACUUUCUUAACUAUUACCAGAAAUCACCAAACUCUGCCCAUAAUCUUGUAUAUUCAGGAUCAGUUAUCAUUGACAAUAUUAACAUGCCACCACACCAGCUAUACAACUAUGUAAUUAGUCAUAAUGAAGUAUAUGGGAUGAGAGUCCUAAGAAUGGUUCCUUUCUUACAAGAUCCUAUUUUGGAAAUGGAUACAGAAUAUGUGCUGGUUGAAUUGUCAACACGCAAAGUAAUCUACAGAGAUGCCAAUGACUUCAGGCAGACUGCUAGUUUUGAUGUUGGCUUGUUGACUGCCCAUGACACCAUUUCCAUCAUACAAAGGGAAACUCGGGACAACUUUCAACCUUUGGUGUUCAAAUUUUACAUUCUUUUAACUAGUCAGCGAGAACUGUAUCCUAAGCUUUUUAAUUUUGGUUCCAUGCUUGGGUCUUUUAGGCUUGUAAGGAUUAAAAGAAAACAUUCUUCAAGCAGCUGUAGCUCACGCAAAACUAGCUCAAACACGGAUCCUCUCUCUAGCAGGAACAGGUUAUAUGAUAGUCUUGAAUCUUCUACUGAAACACAAAGUGAUCAGGAGCACCCACAAUACCGGCCUUAUAUGGCCAUCCACAGAGUUUGUGAUGAGGAAGUGUCAUACCUGAGUUACUACAGUAACCAUGAAACAAUGAUGCAAGACAUAUUAGAGGAGCAGGCUGAGCGUGCCAGAGAUCAUCUCACCAAAGUGGUUCAGCAAGCUGCUGUAGAUUGUCGACGAGAUUACCUAUGGAGCUGCCUGAUGAAUCAAGGUCUGAAGGAGUUAGAAGGAAGUGGAACAGGAUCUAGGGAAGGGUCAUCCAACACCAUCAACUAUAAUGAGUUCACCGAGCUGAUGAAACUAGUAAAGACUGUAGGUUUGAGUAACGUCGAUCCUCGGCUCUCUGUUUUUGACAACAUGCACAUUUCGUGGUAUCAACGUUUAACUCGAGUUUUAACAAUAAAGUAUGCAGACUCACACAUGUACUUUGUGUCACCUGAUGGCAAUAUCAUCUAUGUGACUGUUCUGCAUUCCAGAUGUCCUGAUGUUUUUAUUUUACUCUCAGUGAAUCUUCAUACCUACAAAACUAAUUUGUGUCUUGUGUUCAGACACCAUGUGGAAGAAGAAAACCAUACACCCGAAAGGCCAAAUAUUCGUGUUUUAGCUAUUCAAUCCAUGGUGGAAGAUUUUGUAAAUGCUUGUUGCUUUCAUUUAUGGACUGGAAUGGUUGGUUAAGCAACAUUUUUCUUACCCCAGGUUAAUAUAGCAAAACAGUCGGACUUUGCCAGCUGUGUGGUAUGAUGGAUGUUUCAGUUCUAUGUGAUAGAAAAACAAAGUGAGAAAUAAUUAUAUAAGUAAAUACCAAUUUAUGUGAAUUGAAAUAAAAUACUGAAAUAAAUUUUCCUUGAAAUCAUAUGUAUUAAUAAAAUAAUGUACAUAAAAUAAUAAGUUUUUGAAGUGUAAUGUACUUACAUUUUAAUGGUCAUUUUAGACCAUAUUUUGCUACAUUUACUGAAUUAAAAUUUGAAAUUAAGAUUUGAAAACUUUAGUGUUGUUAAUAUUUACAAAAGAUCUGAACUAGUUUUACCUUAAAAUAGAUCAGGUUGUUAAUAGUGAACAAGGAGUGAACAAGUUAAUAGUGAACAAGGAGAUUUGAAGUGAAAAUUAAUCAGAACUACUUUAAAAUAACAUAGGUUAUUCAGAAUAGUUUGUUUGGUAGAGUAGUUACAGAUUAGUCAACUAUAGGAUUUAAAUAAUUAGGUUUGUAAAAUAUCUACAGGUUAUUUUAAGACAACUUUAUAGGAGUUUUCAAAUUUUUUGUUAACAAAUCUAAACAUUUUCUAAAACGUUUUAUAUCAGUGGACUUGACAGGAUACGCUUUUCAUUAAUAUGUAAUCAUGAUUUUCAUAAUGUGUGGAUACAAAAAUAUAUAUAGGCUGGUAAUGUGUAAACCUUUUAAAAACUUAUUUAGAAAUUGAAUAAUUGGGUUCAGUAUUGUAAUGUAUAUUUGUUUUCUUCGCCAACCAGUUUUUCCUCUACAUGUACGUAUCGUUUUUUUUAAUACACAUACUAUAUAGAAAUGUUUAAUUUAUUUCCUUUCAACUGAAGCCAUUAGGAUUUGAAUUUUGAUAAAUAAACUUAUUAUGAUGACUGUUAAACAUAUGUUUAUAUAUAAAUAUGCAUGAAUAUUAUAUUUACAGUUAAAAUAAAGUUUUAUAAUAUGUAAUGUGUGGCAAGAAGUAGAAUAUGAAUUAAAAAGCAUACGUUAUUGUGAAUGAAAAAUGUGUUAAUGUAUUUGAGAUCUGGUCCAACAUAUGAAGUAAAGUUGAUCAGUAUUUUGAUGUAUUUUCCUUAAUUUAAUUGAAGGAUUUGAGGAGUACAAGCUCUAUGUAAAAGCAGAAGAUUUACGUAGUAGUAGGUCAAAUUUAAUAUCAGUGCUUUAUCACUACGAUUUUAAACUGGUUCUAAGUACACAAGUAUUUGUAAGUAAUAUUUAUAUAUAUAUAUACUUUUUUAAAAGUUUCUGUGUUAAAUAAACGUAGAGGAAAAUUGUAAAUCUGCUUAUUGUAUUUGUUGUACAUGUGCAUGUAAGAUAAUGCUCUCUGUACAUGUAAGUAAUAUCUGUUUGAAAUAUAUUAUUAAAAAACUGUUAAAUACUCAUCAAAAUACAGCAUGUAUAUCUGCUAAUAUAUGUAUCAUUUAUUCGAUUGUAUAACUUUUUGGCUAUAAAUAGUUGGUUGUUAAAACUAAAAUGAUUAGAGGAAAAUUUAAGGAAUCUUAAUCAGUCAUUUGGUCUCAGAUUAACCAGAAAAAUUUGAGGAAAAUAGUAUUCUGACAUCCAUACUGCUUUUUGGUAUAGAAGCUAAUAUUAAAAACAUAUAUAUGCAUAUAUUCUCAUUAAAUGUAAAAUGUUUGGCUGAAUUUGUUCUCCAAACAAAUUAAAAUUUACUUGUGUUAAAUGACUGCUAUAUGGCAAAUGAAUUGGAACAAGUAAUUUGUAGUUAUAGUUUAAUUAGCAAAGAAAUAAAAUAUACAUUAAUUGUGUA